GGAAGCGGAACUGCCUCGGAUACCAACUGAGGUAGUUGUGGUCCGUAGUAGGGGUUAGUGACACCGAGCUGCGGGUUGACCCUCUAGCGCUAUGGCGGCCUCGGGUCUUCCGCCGCUUCCCCCGCCGUUGAAGGCCAUCCAGCACUUCCUGAGAACCGCGCAGGAGGUCGAGAAGCGGGAGCCUGUGGUGGCCUAUUAUUGCCGUUUGUAUGCCAUGCAGACAGGUAUGAAGAUUGAUAGUAAAAAUCCAGAAUGCCGCAAAUUUUUAUGCAAACUCAUGGAUCAACUUGAGGCUAUGAAAAAGCAGCUGGGUGAUAACGAGGCAGUUACUCAGGAAAUAGUUGGCUGUGCCCAUGUGGAGAAUUAUGCAUUGAAAAUGUUUCUUUAUGCAGAUAAUGAAGAUCGAGCUGGGCGGUUUCACAAAAACAUGAUUAAGUCUUUUUAUACUGCAAGUCUUCUAAUAGAUGUCCUAACUGUGUUUGGAGAACUAACAGAUGAGAAUAUUCAGCACAGAAAAUAUGCAAGAUGGAAGGCAGCUUAUAUUCACAAUUGUCUAAAAAAUGGAGAGACUCCGCAGUCUGGACCUAUUGGAUUGGAAGGAGAAUUUUAUGAUGAAAAUGAGGAAGUUGGCUCCCCAGCCUUACCCAGUCAAGACUCACAACCAUCCUCCACCUUUGAUGUGCCCACAAGCAAUGUGCCCACAAGCAAUUACACCGGUAUACAGAUCCCACCUGGGGCUCAUGCUCCAGCUAACACUCCUGCUGAAGUGCCUCACAGCACCGGUGUGACAAGCAGUACAGUUCAACCCGCUCCUCAAAAUAUUCCAAUCAUAGAUCCAUCACUUUAUAAUGUCCAACCUGGAGGGGAAAUUCGUUUGACUCCUGAAGAUUUCGCCAAGGCCCAGAAAUACUGCAAAUAUGCUGGCAGUGCUUUGCAGUAUGAAGAUGUAAGCACUGCAGUGCAGAAUCUACAGAAAGCCCUCAAAUUGCUGACUACAGGCAAUGAAUGAGACCUUUGUCUUUGACUUCUGCUUAAAAAACUAACAGUCCAUCACUCCUACCUUCAACCCGUCAGAGAAACACAGUUGCACAAAACCUUUUGAUUUCUCUGACCAAAAAAAACUACAAAAUCUGUCUCUGUAUCAGAUUCUUUCUAUAGUGUAAUCUGGAGCUAUGGUCUGCCUUCACUUCUUGACAGAGUAACAGGAACCGUAUGGGAAAGUUAAUUGAACUCUCAAUAUCAGUUCUACGUGCAUUUGAUCCAGUAAUGUGGAAUUUAUGCUAUCCUUUUUAUAAUUUCAAGGUGGGAUUGUCAGAAGUAUCAAUCAGCAUUGUUUGGSAAUGCAGUGUAAUUUUAAAGGAGGGAUUCAGCUAUUUAGAGGAAGAGGACAGAAAACAUCCAAUGGUGAUGCUGAAGAAAAAAGUAGAGGAAAUAUUUUCUUAGAUGCUGCCAUAUCAAGCUAAAAAAGUAGGAAGUAUUUAAAAGAUAUUUUGGGGAAACCAUCUUAAUAAUUUUUUAUUUCAGCAUUUASCUAGCUGAUCUACUGUGUUUUUUCCCUUUGCCUAUAUCAUUUUGGGGCAUYCAAAAUUUAAAACCCAUCGCUUGAUAGCUGAACGUUGUGAUCAUUUCCAUUUGGUUCUAUACCUUAGAAAGAAGCCAUGGUUCUCAUUAAAUACCUGAACUAUGGUGUUGAGCUGUUUACAAUAUAUUUUAUUUGCAUCCCUCUCAAGCAGUAUGUUUGCUAAAUAAAUCUAAAUUUGCAAUUAAUACUGGAUUGUAGAUGCCAUUAAAACAUAUUUGAUCCCUUAUAUGUGGUGCUGAAUUCUUAGCAUAAUUUCAAAAUGUGCAUAUAUACAGUGUGUGUGUGAGAGAGAGAGAGGGAGAGGGAGGGAAUAAAAUUGUGAAUGGCCACCACAGUUCUUAAUUAAUAGAGAAUUUCAGCUAUUGACAGCAAUGUAGCAAAUAUUAGCUGCAGAUGAAACACUUCUAGUACUGAAAUAUUGCUAUGGCAGAAAGGAAUGCCGGCUGUCAUUGUUGCCACACUUGCAUACAAUCCUUUCUUAUGAUUAGUUUGGCUGAAUCAUGAAGCAGUGUCAUUUCCAAAGGACAUGCUUUGAAAGUCUGUUUUCUCCAACGUUGGCGAUUCCAACAUGCUCAGUUCAGCAGAGCCAGGAACAAUGUUGCUCUGGGUAGUAUUUUUCAUCCAAAUAAAUCCUGGAAUACUUGCAAAUUCCAAAAUUAGAAAAUACUCCAGUUUUUCUGGCAUUGGGUAAAUGUGGAAACUUUAUAAAACAAAGCAGUCUUUUGCCAGUAACACACAACUGUUUUGGAGAACGGAAAUCCAGUAGGCAAUUGGACAUGCUAUGGGAACUGUGAACACCAGGGGUUUGAUCCUCACUUUCUGCUCUGUUCUGUAGCAACACUUCUUUUCACAGAAAUAUUACAUACAGAGAAGAGGUACUUUUGUUCACAGAAUCCUGGUUGUCAUAGAAUCCUGAACUUUUAUCUUGACGUAGAAUCAGCUACUUAUUUUUGGAGCAUUUUUCACUUGAAAGCUACUUCCUCACCCACAUUCCCCUCUCACAGCAAGAAUGAAUGCUUACCAGGAGGAGUACCACCUACAUAUUCAUCUAACAAUUCUGCAAUAGCUUAUAGUAGAGAUGUUAAACUCUUCCUUAGCUAAAUUCAAUCCUAUUUU